AUGAUCACUCAUCAGGACGCUGAAGAGGCUAAAAUCUACAAGUGCGACAACUGUCCGUUUCAAACCAAACACAAGUAUGGCACCAUAAAACAUGCACUAGUCCAUACGGACCCCUCUGAAAUGGUAACCUUCAAGUGUCUGACUUGCAGACGUGGGUUUAAACGGAAAGAACAGCUGAGGAAACACGUUCUGACGCACAUGAAGUCAAACCUGCCGAAGUUUAGAUGUGACGAAUGCGACUACGAGUCCAUUUGGAAAGAUAACCUCACUAUUCACACACUGAAGCACAGGAAUGCCUCGGAAUUGACCAUGUUCAAGUGCCAUUUGUGUCCGCACGAAACCAAAAUAAAGGCCAGCUUGAGGCUGCAUCUGGUGACAUAA